CUCUUUUGAGCGCAUUCAGGUGAGUAUCACAACGCGAAUAUGAAGUCGGUGCUUGGGGUGCUUUGUCUAUGCGCUAUUGGCCUGGUGGCUAAAGCACAAAGUGACUGUGUCGAUGUGGAUCAACAAUGCUCAUUCUGGGCUAACAGUGGUUUCUGCAAGAGUCAUUAUGAUUACAUGAGUAAAAACUGCCGAAAGAGCUGCGACUUUUGCGGUGGAUCAUGUCGAGAUAAUGAUAAAAGGUGCCCUUCAUGGGCAAGUUCCUGUAAUUCCAACCAGUAUGUGAAAAACAACUGCAAGAAAACAUGUGGCACGUGCGGAGACCCGCCUCCUCCAGCAACUCCCCCGCCACCAACGAUGCCACCCACUCCUCCCCCACCACAAACACCAGCUCCCCCCGGACCCGAUACGCCAGCGCCCCCAGCACCAGGUGGCUGUGGAGCGAAGCCCCACACGCGUAUAGUGGGGGGUACCAAGGCACCACCAGGGGCAUGGCCUUGGCAAGCGAUGCUCAGGUCCAACUACGGCGGGCAAUUCUGCGGGGGAACUUUGGUGCAUCCACAAUGGGUGAUUACCGCUGCCCACUGCGUAUACCGCAGAGGACCCAACGACUUCAAGAUCAGGAUGGGAGCUCACUUCCGCAAAGGAGACUAUGGAACAGAGCAGGACUUCAGCCUCAGCCGGGUCAUCACUCAUCCAAGCUACCACAAGCCAACUCGUUAUGCGCACGACAUCGCUCUCAUUGAGUUAGCCAAGCCAGCGGUGAUCAACAAAGCCGUGGGCUUAGCCUGUCUAGCAGACCCCAGUUUCCCCAUCGACGACGGCAAGAAAUGUUGGGUUACAGGCUGGGGUAGACUGUCAUCUGGUGGGGCCGCACCAAACCAGCUUAUGCAGGUCUCCGUUCCGCUGGUAUCUCGCGGGCGCUGUAACCGCUCGUACCCAGGGCAAAUUCACGACUCGAUGGUUUGCGCAGGUUUGGAUGAGGGAGGCAUUGACUCCUGUCAAGGCGAUUCCGGAGGCCCAAUGGUUUGCGAAAACAACGGUCGCUUCUAUCUGGACGGAGUUGUGUCUUGGGGUCAUGGAUGCGCGGGGCGUGGCAAGUUUGGCGUCUACGCUAAGGUCCGUUACGUCAAGGAAUGGAUCGAGAGCUAUAUCAACGCCUAAAUUUUUGGCUAAAACCAAGAAAAAGAUAAAGUUCGAAUUAAAAUAUUUGAUUAUUGCGUCA